AUGAAUCAUAAACUCAAUGACUCUGCUGAACAAGAACGUAUUCAUGAAGCUGUAGGAAAAAUAUCAGAAACAUAUGCUGAUGAUGUUUUACGUGUAGAAAAUCGAUUAGCUAUGACACAUGUGUUAGGAGAUUUUGAAAUAGAUAAACAUAUAAUACCACCUACGGCAGAUAUUGUUAAAUAUCCAAGAAAUUCAUUAGGAGCAUUUGUUUUUCUUACAUAA